AUGCGCAAUUUGUGGCUCCUGCUGGUCGGCGUCGGAUUCGCCCACGCCUUCUUGUUCCCUUCGUUGGGAGGUGGCGGUGGAGGCUGCGGCUGCGGCGGCGGAGGUGGAGGUCCGUUUCUUGUUUGACACUUCGAGUGAACAUAAAAUUUCCUUGUAAAUGCCCACUUGGAAGGAAUGAAAUGAUCUUCUUCAGGAUGCGGCGGCGGCUGCGCUCCACCUCCACCUCCACCUUGCGGCGGAGGCUGCGGAGGUUCGUUUCAUUAGCUUUACCGGAAAGUAUUGUUCAAUACCGAUUUAUAUUUCUUACUAUUUAGUUGUAAGAUUGUUAAAUUUUUCGAAGUAUCCAAAAAAAAAUAAUAAACAUGUAGUAGUAAGCGAAAAAAUUAAUGCAGAAAUUGGAGAAGGCUCUUUUUUUUGUAUGGACAUGUUUUUUCUGGUUUCGAAAUAUCUAAAUUUUGAAAAACUCAACGAUCUCAAACAAGAAUUUUCUCUUCUAGAAGGACUUAGAGUGUUUGGUUUUUUUUAAACCUCGAUGGAAAUUUAUUAAGGACAGUUUUCUAUUCCAUUGAAAUCUCUUUGUUUAAGCCUCUUUUGCAACUUGAGGAAAAUAUUGUUUUGAUCAUUGUGUCAUUCUGGAAAAACAGCAAUAUAAGAUUUGACCUCAACCAGAUCCCUUUUCAAUAAUAAAAGACACAAUAUUUUUUCCCAAUCUCUCCUUUGAAUUCGAGCCGACAUCAAAGUUUUGUUUUGAAAAAGUGUUCAGGAGGCGGAGGAUGCGGCGGCGGCUGUGCUCCUCCACCACCUCCACCUCCAUCUUGCGGCGGAGGCUGCGGAGGUUCGUUUUUUCCUUGGUACCUGUUCAUCUUGAAUGCAUUAAAUUCCAGUUUACAAAUGAGAUCUUUUUUUUUAAAUUGUCAAAACGCUCUGUGAAGGUUUAGAAGAAGAUCCCUCAAAGUGCUGUUUGCAAAAAAAUCUAUUUAUUGAUAUAUGAAAUUUCAUGGUUGAUUAUUUCAAGCCUGAUUUCGUGUCGAAAGCUGAUAUUGAAAAAUCCUAUUCUCACUAAAAAAGUGUCCGCAAAUAGUGACCAUGUUGAAUGAUUUUCUAGACCUCUAAAAUAACUUGAGCGAAAUAUGGGAAACUGUAAAUUUCACGCAAAAAUGCCGUUUCUGGUCAGUAAUUGGAGGACUCUUGUGACUAUUCGAAAUUUGUUUUAGAAAAUUGAGAAAAAGUUUUCGGUUCACAUUUCUGGGACCCUAAGUUUCAAACUUUAUUUUCUGAACCUUUAUAGACCCUCAGCUCAAUUUUCUAUUUCUAUUUUCAAAAAAGUAGGCGUAAUCGAAUCAUAUUGAGAAAGAAUUUUUCAGGCGGCGGCGGCGGAUGCGGCGGCGGUUGUGCCCCUCCACCACCUCCACCUUGCGGAGGAGGUUGCGGAGGUUCGUUUUUCCGUUCUGCUUUGUUUUCAGCUCUGUUUUCUUCCUAUUUUUUGAUGAUAGACAUAAUCUGUUCUCUAUAAGAAACGUGUUUCCAGGAGGUGGCGGUUGCGCUCCUCCAGCGCCAUCUUGCGGAGGAGGAUGUGACUCUGGUUCGUUUUAGUUUCCUGUUUAGAAAAUGCGGCUUAAACUUGGAAAAAAAAAGACAUUUCUCGAAAAACCUAGAGAAAACUAUGCGAGAGUUUAGGCUGCGGAGGAGGAGGAGGCGGCGGCUGCGCCCCACCGCCACCUCCGCCAGCUCCUUCCUGCGGAGGAGGAUGCGGUGGCGGCUGCGGAAGAAAGAAACGCGAGGCAGUCAACCUCAUCUCGCACGAAGACGCCAGCAAGUGCAACAGCGAGGAACUCAGACUCAUCCUCUCUCAGGUCAGUCAUUGUCAAUACCCGAAUCUCCGAAAAGAACUUGAUCAAACUUGGGAAUGUUUAUUAACCGUACUCUGUUAUCAGAGCUGCUGUUUCAGAACAUAAAAAGCACGACUUCUGAGUCGAUCAAGAGCAUCAAGGAGCAGCUUUCCGGAGCACAGGACUUUGUGAUCGUUUGCAACGACAAGCCGACGCCGUUCACCGCGGAGGCCGACGAGUACUGUCAACACCAGAGCAACGACGUCCACUGCACUAUCCUCAAGAUCACCUCCACUGAGCAAAAGGUUUCGAGACGAAGAAACAUUGAAGACAUUUCACAAAUCUUUCAAUUUUUUUUAUAAAUUGACUAAACUUCAUAAAACGGGAAAUAACUAUAUAAAUUUUCUCCUCGGUCUAGAUUUUAGUUCUGGAAUUCAUCUUUCUCAAAACUUCAUGCUAUUUAAUUAGUUAUUAGCAUCUUGAUGUACAGAAAACGUUCCAUUGAAGUGAAAAAUUAUGUUUCGGUAUUUUGAUUGUUUUACAAUCCUAAGUAACUCGAUAUAAUCUCGGCGUUUUCACAAAACGUUUCCGGAUCUUUCAUUCUAAGUAAGUUCUUAUUAUUUUUGGUGUCAUAUAUGAUCUCAGCGAUUUUUUUUUGAAAACCCUAAUUUUUUCAGAAAGUCGAAGAAGAGACGCCAAAAGAUGCAGUAAUCGAGAAAUCGACGGAAGUCUCUGAUUCGGCUGAAGUCAAGGCCGAAUGA